AGGGAACUCUCAGUUCAUCGUUAUCAUUAUUGUAAAAGGCACACGUGUAACCACCAAUAAAACGUCGUACAGCAACUACUAUCACAUUAAUAUCUACCUGGUCAGCAAUGUUUAUCCACCUGCUCCAGUCCACGCGCCACCGAACCUCACUAGUAUUAACCGGACAUAUUUAUUGCUAAGCGUUAGCUUCACACUGGCUAGCUUGACAGAAGCUAUUCUGGUGAUAAGGAAGUUAAUCUUCACGUUUUUGGACCUAAUCCUAACUUCUUUGACUGUGGGACUCUUGUCCCUCCUGGACAGACGGCUGGAGAAGUUGAGCACAGAGGUGACUACAGAGCAGCUGGACACCUGCUGACAGUGCGUGUGGACGAUGUCGUCACCAUCACCGUCAUUCUACUACAGCCAAGACAGCGUCACUCGCUUCAAGAAGAGAAAAGCCCGUUUCACUUUCAGUGAAGUCCACAUACUGCUGGAUGAAGUGAGGAAGCACCGUGCAGUUGUUGUGGGCAAAUUCAAUCGUGGUGUGCCAACAGACACCAAGAAACGUACAUGGGCAGAGAUUACUGCACGGGUCAAUGAGAUUGGGGAGUGCCAACGAGAAGUCAUCGAGGUCAUCAAGAAAUGGUCUGACCUCAAGUGUGACACCAAACGGAAAGUGGCUGCCAUGCGGUCAGGGACAGUGCCCAACAGGGGCCUCAACUCGCGCCUUUCCCGAGACCUUAAUCAGACAGAGAAAAUAGUGCUUCAGAUCCUGGAGAUGGAUGAGGAAGACCAGAGCAUGAGUGACUUUGGCCCGCUGGGAGAUGACGACGACGUGCCAGAGGAGGAAGAGGAAAUUGAGGAGGAGGAUAUGAUGGGAUUGCAGAAUUCGCCAAAUGGCGAGAUGGCUUCUAUGCCUCCACCACCCUCUUACAGCAUGAGCGGACUUGCACAGUCAGGAGACUCAUCACAACCUGGCUUUGAUGUGCAGUAUGAAUUAUCUGCACCAGAAGACACUGAAGCUGCAUUUGGAGACUCAGACGAGGACCAGCGGGAAGACGGACUUCCUUCCACACUGGCAGCGAAACCCACAGAGGACCAUCAAGGAAACAAUGGCAUCCCAAAACAAGAACAACCUCAGAUGGAUUCCGAACCAUCGACGUCGGCAGCCCCGCGCUCGACGCCAGGUCAGGCCUCGCAGAGCACGCGGGAGAGCAUGUUACACAACGCCACGCUGAGUCUCCAAGAGCAGCACGCCACCAACAUGCUGCUGGAGACGGUUUCCCGCUCCCUGGAGCUGCUGUCGGAGUCGGUGCAGCAGCUGGCCGAGACCCAGCACGACUUUGUGCGCGAGUCGCUGCAUCUCCAGCGGGAGAUGGUGCAGGUUCUCAGAGACUUCACAGGGGGCGCCAUCGCGCUCAUGCAUGACAAACUGAACGGACGGCCAGCGUUAUAGCAUCCAAGCAUCAGAGUUGUUGAGUUGUAUCACUGACUUCCUCCAUUGCCUUUAGGCACGGGAUUUUUUAUUUUAAAGUUCCUUUGGACUUCACUGCUGGUUACUGUAAUUUUGAUAUAACUCUACAGAUUUUCCAUGGCUAUAUUUGAAAAUGGAAUGGAAACAAUAUUGAUGGCAUUGCUGUCUGCGUACGUACAUGGAAUGGACUGAGGAAGAACCAGUGUUAGCUGUAAAGAGAGAACAUGUGGAGGGUUUGAUUUGUUUUUUUGUUUUUUUUUUUGCUACUGAAAGUGAGACUUUCCACUCACAUUGUAAAACACUUUUUAUGAUUCACCACUUUUAAAGCUUUUAAGUUGUUUUAAUGUUGACAUUCAGAGAGUUAGUCUUUACGUUCGAGCUGUCGGUCAAAUCCAUUUGUGUGUCCUUGUAUAAACUGAUUCUUUUCUUGCAUCAGUGUCUGGAGAUUAUCACAUGUACUGUAAUGGUAAGUGGAUUUCUGCAUCUGACCAUUAUAUGGUCCAUUUGUCUGAAAGGUCUACAAGGUGUGUUAAAUACUGUUGUUUGAAAAUUCCUGUAACUGAAUAAUUUGUGAUUGUCUGGUUUAGUUUUUUUUUUUUUUUUUACAUUACAAACACUUGAAUAUAAAAGUUUCAAUUAUUUCUUUUAAAAAAACAUGGAAUAAACUACUCAUGUAUUUAAACAGA